AAAGCAAUCCAGAUCAAGCAACAAGACAAGAAAUUCAAAAAAAGAAAAAAGAAAAACAGGCCACACAGAAGUCAGAAGGACAACCUGAGCCCAUCAAAAUCUCUCUUCCCACUUCCCAGCCUCCCAGGAGGAACAGGCGGAGAAAGAAGAAUCUCCCAGUCUACGGGAACCACCGGGUCCGGCUUCGCGCGAGCCCUCGGGUGCAGCCGUGAAGGAACCUCCCUGGAUUCCCCACCUCGCGGCUGGUCCGAGCCCUCCGUCGAGCUAUUCUGCGGAGGGGUUUCUUGAUUUGGGAACCGAACCAACGAUCUGGUUUUCUAAUUUCGCCACUGGUUGGCCAACUAUGGACAAGCAAAACCUCAACCAAUAUUUUGGCAACCAAAUCUUUGGCAAGCAAUUUGUGGGCUCAAACCAAACAACCCCUAAAUAUGAGGUGCGCUAACCCUUUUGACAUACUCCUUUUUCAGAGGAUGCCAGAUGUAUGAACCAAAGCCAUUAUCAAGCACUGGAUCAGCUCACAAUAAUCCAAUUCCUCACAACCAACAAAUCGUACCAACUGCCAACAAUGCAGCAUCUAAUAUUGGCGGAAACAGCUCAAACAUCAACUUUGCCACCAGACAGCGUUUACGUUGGACAGACGAGCUUCAUGGACGUUUUCUUGAUGCUCUAACACAGCUUGGUGGACCCGACAGGGCUACUCCUAAGGGAAUUCUUAGAACAAUGGGUGUUCAAGGGUUGACGAUUUGUCAUGUCAAAAGCCAUCUACAGAAAUACCGUCUUUCAAAAUACAUACCAGAUCCCACAGCUGAUGGUGCCAAGUCUGACAAGAAAGAACUAGGAAAUUUGCUUGCAGGCAUCGAAAGCUCCCCGGGAAUGGAGUUAAGCGAGGCUCUAAAGUUGCAGAUGGAAGUGCAGAAGCGGCUACGUGAUCAAUUAGAGGUACAAAGGCAACUACAGCUCCGAAUAGAAGCCCAAGGCAAGUAUCUCCAGAAGAUCAUGGAAGAGCAGCAGCGCCUAACUGGUGUGCUGUGUGAAUCAGGCACACUCAACGCUCUUGUCCCGGUUCAAGAGCUCCGCCAGGAUUUCAACAAGACCGACCCAUUGACCCCGGUACCGACUUCCGAGCCCCUAAUCCGGGACAAGGCUUCGACUGUGAGUGAUGAUCAUGAAGGCACAGACGGGCUGUUGAAGGACCUUUCUUCUCAUGACGAGUGCCACUCCUCAGGCCGUGAGCCUUUGACACCGGACUCCAGUUGUGGUGCCGCUUCCCCCCUAGACAUUCCCAGAGAUAGACUUGAUCACCAGAACAGCGAAUCCGUCCUUCAUCACAACAUCUUGGAGUCGAGAUCAGGUUCAGAUUUUCAACAGGCAAGCUCAGUGUUCCCGUCCAGCACCAGGCGAUCUGAUUCACCGGCGGCUCUGUAUGUUAGUGAGGAUGACUUCAAGAACAGCCCAGAUGUUUGACUACAAGUUGCUAGUUGCUGUAUCUCUUCAGUUAGUAGAGCUAUUGGCCUUAGGAGUGAGGAGACACUGUGGAUCAUGAUUGUUGUGCGUCUGUUGUAUUUUGUGACGUGCUGUGUUUGUUCAAUCAGAGAUUGUUCAUAUCACUCUAAUGUGUUGUUCUUUGCCAGAUUAUCUAAAGUUGGCAAUAUCAUUGCGUCCACAGGUUUGACAUUGUUUCAUCA